AAUAUGGACAACACGGUGGCACUAUACAAACAGCUAAAAACGGAGUGGACCAAGUCUCCGAUCAAUCUAAAACUGUGUGGCACAGUCCUGGAUAAACUAAAGGUAGCUCUUGCUGGAAUGUCCUACAUUCCCACAGGGAACACUCAGGCCAAUCAGCAGGAGCUGCUCAUCGCAAGAGAUGUUCUAGAGAUUGGUGUGGAGUACAGCAUCGCCACCAAAAAUAUCCCGGCAUUCGAGCGUUACAUCCUGCAGCUGAAGUGGUUCUACUAUGAUUAUAACACAUUGAUUGGCGAGUCCAAGAACAAGUACCAGCUGCUGGGGUUGAAUUUGUUGUUUCUGCUAUCCCAAAACCGGGUGGCUGAGUUUCACACCGAGCUAGAACUGCUGCCCUCCGAUAUUAUACAAACGAAUGCCUUCAUCCGGCAUCCGCUCGCGCUGGAGCAGUAUCUGAUGGAGGGACGGUACAACAAAAUCUUUCAAGCGAAGGGUAACGUACCGGCGGAAAGCUACAACUUCUUCAUCGACAUCCUGCUGCAGACGGUUCGCAAUGAGAUCGGUGCCUGCCUGGAAAGCUCGUACGAGCGAAUCUCACUGCAGGAAGCCGCCAAACGGUUGAACCUCAAGACGAAAGAGGAAGUAAAGCAGUUUGGCGAAAAGAAGGGCUGGAAGUUGAAUCCGGACGGGUUUUAUCAUUUUGUGAAUGAGCUAGCCAAACCGAAGGAACCGAUACCAUCGCAGGAGCUGGCUGAACAGGCGAUCACGUACGCACGGGAGCUGGAAAUGAUCGUGUAG